CGACGAACGGCCGGCGUCGUCUACUAUGGGCUUCUUCAUUGCGAAGUAUAUCGUCAUCGACAAUCCAUCAAAGACGGAACUCACAUAAGGUGGUGGUACCGGCACAAGGUCCCACCAAUGAGCGUCACCUCCACAGUCCUGACAUGGCGAGCCAUGUGCUGGUGUGCUGAGGCUCGUCGCCUUGGAAUCCUUAUACAUCACAUCUUCAUGACCAUGUGACCUUCGUUACUUCCCUUUUCUGUCUGUUUGUUCACUUCUCGACAGACACAAUUGGACCCUAUAAGAAGGGCAAGAAAGACGUGGACUCGAAUGCACCACCUAUGCCUUCCCAACAAUUAGUCUGGCUCAUAACGGGGACUUCAUCUGGCCUCGGGCGUGAGCUCGCCAUCGCUGCUCUACAGCGCGGUGAAAAGGUUAUCGCCACUGCGCGUGGGCGUUCGUUAUCGCAGCUUGAGGAUCUCACGGUCCUCGGUGCAAAUGUACUGGAGCUGGACGUAACUGCGCCCUUGGAAGAACUCCGUGCUAUUGCGAAAAAGGCCAUCGAUAUUCACGGUAGAAUCGAUGUGCUCGUCAACAACGCCGGGUAUGCUCUAUUGCAAUCCGUUGAAGAGGCAACGCCUCAAGAGACCCUGAAUCAGUUCAACACCAACGUCUUCGGGCCUCUCAACGUAGCAAGGGCUUUCCUUCCGUACAUGCGUGAACGACGAACAGGAACCUUUGUAUUUCUAGGUUCUAUAGGUUCCUGGACCCCGCAAGCCUUCUCCGGCCUGUACAAUGGAUCAAAGUUUGCGAUUAGAGGCAUAUCUGAAUCUCUCCACCAGGAGAUUGCACCAUUGGGCCUUCGUAGUGUAUGCUUUGACUUUGGAUUCUUCCGCACCAACUUUCUCUCUCCUGGACAUCGCGUACUGGGAAAGCCCAAUAUCGCGGGGUACGAGGAGAUUGCGCAUGGUGCAGAGGCAUUCUGUCAAGCAUACGAUAGACAACAACCUGGAAACCCAAAAAAGGGUGUGCGAGUUGUGCUUGACGUAGUAAGGGGUGAAGGUGUCGCAGAAGGCAAGGCGUUUCCAACAGACUUGCUCCUGGGAAGCGAUUGUAGACGUGCUGUUCGGGAUGUCAUUGAGAAAGCAGUGGCCUCUCAGGAAGAGUGGGAUAAUGUUACUACCAGUACUGAUAUUUGAAUCACAGAAUUUUUACCGAGUCACACAUUAUCGAAUCACUCGCCUGCAAAUGUGCAUGCUUUGCUGCACUCCCGUGAGGAUUUUUUUUGUGUGUGUGUGUGUGUUUUCAGUAGCAUUUCUCUGUGUCUAUGGACUCGUUCUUGGAAUUCUCCU